UCAAUGGAACUCCUCACGACCUGCAAUUGAAAGGCUGUAUAAAUACAGAGAGUCGAUCGACUAACGCUAGUUCUGGUCUAAAUCUUUGCUCUUUCAUUAAGUUACAAAGGAAGUUUUAGAAAUAAUUUUGGUAAUUAUACUGGGACUUUUCUUUUCAAACUUUUCUCAGAGGAACUAUUUCUGAUUUUUUAAAAUCAUGGCUUUCUUGAACAACACAACGCAAAACGAGUUUAUCGGUGACACCAGUGAAACAGAAAGCCGUGUCUUGGUUGUGAUAUAUAUUUUAAUUGGUUUAUGUGGGUUGCUGGGAAACAUCUUGGUUAUCUACGUAAUUUUAAAAUCACCGAAGAUGAGAACAGUGACUAAUAUGUACAUCUUCAACUUGGCAAUCUCGGAUUUGAUAUUUCUAUUGCAUAUCGCUAUGAUCACCACCACCACAAUUGUUAAACAUUGGGUGUUUGGAGAAGUUUUGUGUAAGAUUUUCUUCACCACGCUUGCUAUAACGUCAUUUUCCAGCGUUUUGACAUUGACGAGUUUAAGCGUGGACCGUUAUAUUGCUGUAUGUAAACCGGAUUUAUCUCAGAAACAUCGUCAGCCAUUGAAAGCCGUAUUCUUGAUUGUCGUGAUAUGGACGCUAUCAUUACUUCUCUCCAUGCCCAUCAUUUUGUUUUCAAGAAGAACGCCUCAUCCAUUCUUGGAAGGAAAGUUUUCCUGCUAUGUAGAUUGGGAUGUAAAGGCUGUUCCGAUUUAUGUCAUUUAUAUAUUUGUUCUAGGAUUUGCAGUUCCACUCUGUUUUAUCUCCACAUUUUAUACAUGUAUUAUUGUUCACGUAAAACGUGCUGGACCAGCCAAUCGAAAGAAAUCAAAGGAACAACGCAAAAAUCACAGAAAAGUGACGUUCCUGGUGUUUGCCAUCAUUUUGUCCUAUGUGAUCUGCUGGUUACCUUACUGGAUUUUUCAGAUAGUACUUGUGGUGAUGAGUUUGUACAACAUUGUAACGAUAGUAAUACUCCAUAUAUGUACAGUCUUAACAUUUGUUAACAGUAUGAUUAAUCCGUUUCUGUAUGCAUUUAUCAGUAAUGACUUCCGAUACAGAUUUAAGGAGGUCUUCAAGUUCCAGUGCACAUCUUCGGAACAAGGGAGUAAGGCUAGCGCAGUUGCCCUUGAUUCCUUGAGGAGACAUGCUAGUAACCCGACUGAGGAGGUCAUCAACUCGGUGCGACAUGACAAACCUUUAAUUGACAAUAAAGACAGUGAAGGAAUUUACACCGGUCCAUGAGGACAUCCAUCUACAGGGUUGGUCAAAAAUGUAAAUCAGAGAAAAAUCUAUUCACGUAAAUGUAACAAUUGAUGUUUUGUAUAGUGUAUAUCAUUGUGUUCUUUCUUGUAAGCUCUGUGAUUUUGGUUUACAUAUUGUAAAAAAAAAUAUACGUAAUUAUGUCAA